CACCGCGGCCUGAGGCCUGGACCCCCCUCCCCUCACACUCACACUCACACUCACCCCGGGCCCGCGGCUCCAGGGCGGGCGGGCGGCGUGAGCUGCACCUACCUCCACCCCCAACCCCAACCCCGCUGACUGACCAGGUUUAAGUAUGGACCACGCUAUACCAUGAGAUCAUCUAACCGCAACAGAAACAUUGAGCGGCGGGCGGAGUAUCUGCAAGCUGACCAGUGCGUGCCGCCGCCCUGUGACGACGGCUCCAUGGAUCGGAUCUGGUUCAUCAAAGACGGAUGCGGACUGGCGUGUGUCUUUGUCACCUGGAUGCUGGUUUUCUAUGCAGAGUUCGUGGUGGUUUUUGUAAUGCUUAUUCCAGGACAACACUUGUUGUACAGUAUCAUCAAUGGGAUUAUCUUCAAUGCACUGGCUUUCCUGGCUCUGGCCUCUCACUCUCGGGCAAUGCUCACCGAUCCUGGUGCGGUACCAAAAGGGAACGCCACUAAAGAAUUCAUUGAAAGUUUACAGUUGAAACCGGGCCAAGUGGUGUAUAAAUGCCCCAAGUGUUGCAGCAUCAAGCCAGAGCGAGCACAUCAUUGCAGUGUAUGUAAACGAUGUAUCCGCAAGAUGGAUCACCACUGUCCCUGGGUCAACAACUGUGUGGGAGAGAAUAACCAGAAGUACUUUGUGUUGUUUACAAUGUAUAUAGCACUGAUAUCUCUACAUGCUCUCACCAUGGUGUGCUUCCACUUUCUGUACUGCUUCGAGGAGGAGUGGCUAAAAUGCAGCUCGUUCUCACCGCCGUCCACAGUCAUUCUCCUCAUCCUCUUGUGCUUCGAGGGGCUGCUCUUCCUCAUAUUCACCGCCGUCAUGUUUGGCACCCAAGUGCAUUCCAUCUGCUCCGACGAGACGGGAAUAGAACAGUUGAAAAAGGAAGAGAGAAGAUGGGCUAAAAAAACAAAGUGGAUGAAUUUGAAAGCCGUGUUUGGUCAUCCAUUUUCAGUAGAAUGGCUGAGUCCAUUUGCAACUCCAGACCAAGGAAAGGUCGACCCCUACCAGUAUGUGGUCUGAGCCAGCAAUCCAAUUCAAACUCGGUACCUAAUGAAAGUACAAUAUUCCUGUUGUAAUUUGCUUCAUAAGUUAUCCACAAGACUGUAUCCUUUCUGGUGGCGAAAAACCUGUGCGAGGAAAGUUUGAAUUAUGAUGAACUAUGGUUCAAUGUCGGCAGUCUGCUGGGCCAAUGAAGCUAGCACAGACUCGUCUCCCAGCUCCUGGGAUAAUGUGCGGCAGACUGCCGGCGGCUAGACACUGCAGGUGUGGCCAUGACAUUAAAAUUAAGAAUAUCUCAGAAAUUCUAGUGGAUAAAACUGUUCAACAUUGGCAUCCUAACAUUGCAAGCUGCUGUCACAAUAACAUCUGAAAAUUAUUUCUCAGUCUUGUUUUCUUUUACUUCUAUCCGUCAUGCUUGUCACAGUGGCUGAGGCUUGGACUGGUCUGUCAUCAGCACGUGUUUUACUCUUGGGGGUCACGGCCAAGACCAGCAAAGGCCCAUGUGCUCCAACCGGGAUCAACGGCAACUCACCCCCAUCUGUGUCCGUUUGUUCCAUGGUUCUCAUGUAGAAGCAAAGAACUGCAGAUGCUGGUUAAUACACAAAAGGACACAAAGUGCUGGAGGAACUCAGCGGGCCAGGCAGCAUCUCUGGAGAACAUGGAUAAGUGACGUUUCAGGUCUGAAGAAGGGUCUUGAUCUGAAAUGUCACCCAUCCAUGUUCUCCAGAGAUGCUGCCUGACCCACUGAGUUACUCCAGCAUUUUGUGUCCAUGUUCAGUGUAAACCAGCACCUGCAGUUCCUUCCUACACAUGUAGUGUGUAGCACCUGUAGCCAGGUGCUGGCUGCCUGUAGUCACUGUGGGCCGCCUGCUCCCCUACACCACCACCCCCACUUGUAGUCUGGCCACCUGUACCCCCUUCACCUUUACAUCUGGGACGCCUGUAGUGCAGUGCCGACCGCCUGUAGACCAGGGAUGAACUGGUGUGAAGAGCAAAACCUGUAGCCCUUGGCCACCUGAUAUCGGACAGUCUGUGUGCUUUGUUUACAUUUGAACACUACAGGUUUACACAAUGACCCCCUCACCAGUCUGUCCUCACACUCCUCUCCUGUCUGUGAGCAGAUCUGAGCACACGUUCUUGCUGUAAAACUCUCCCCUACUGCAACCCUGCUCAGUCCUGUACACAUUUACGUGACGUUUGCAGAAUUCUAAACACUACAGGCAGUUUCUAUUUGAGCAAUGGUUUUAAAGUGUUUUGUUUAAAGUCUUUCAGUUUCCUGUGAGGCCCUUUCCUCAUGUUCUCAGGCCCUUGCUGCCGUGGGCGACCAGAUCUCCUCCCACCCCAUGGGUCUGGUCUUGACCAGUCCAGUGCAUUUGUGCCCUGAUUACCAAGACGGGUCCGUCGCUGCCAGAGUGGGAAACGGCCAAACGUGUUGUUCAGUCUGUCUCUGGUCCAUUGUAAUCUGGAACAUCAAGCUUAGGCUUGAGAGGGAGGCCAUGGUUUCCAGCGCAGUGGCUUUGACGUCGCUGCCUGUCCCUGCACUGUUCCCUCUCUCUGACCAGCACUGCGGGAGACAGAGAAACAUAGACAAUAGGUGCAGGAGUAGGCCAUUCAGCCCUUCGAGGCGGCACCCCCAUUCAAUGUGAUCAUGGCUGAUCAUCCAUAAUCAGUACCCCGUUCCUGCUUUUCCCCCAUAUCCCCUGAUUCCGUUAGCCCGGAGCUGAAUCUAACUGUGGGACAAUGGGGAUGGGAAAUGAAAGCUGCCUCUCCGUUCACGACGACUUGUCCGUGGUGUUGUUCACGCCACAGAUCAUUAACGGUUAAAGUGAAAGUUUGUGGGACAUGGAAGGGAAGAGGAAUGAAGGACGGGCAGGGGGUGAAGGAUGAGGUUGGGCAGUGGCACAGUCUACAUCCCAGCGAGGGUCUUGUCACAGAGUCACACAGCACGGAAACAGGUCCUUCAGCCCACACUGGCCAACAUGUCCCAGCUAUACUAGUCCCACCUGCCCACCCCAGCUAACAUGCCCCAUCUACACUAGUCCCACACUGACCAACAUGCCCCAUCUACGCUAGUCCCACACCGACCAACAUGCCCCAUCUACACUAGUCCCACACCGACCAACAUGCCCCAUAUACACUCGUCUCACACCGACCAACAUAUAAUCAAAUAACAAUUACAGCACGGAAACAGGCCAUCUCGGCCCUUCUAGUCCGUGCCGAACACUUACUCUCGCCUAGUCCCAUCUACCUGCACUCAGACCAUAACCCUCCAUUCUUUUCCCGUCCAUAUACCUAUCCAAUUUAUUUUUAAAUGAUAAAAUCGAACCUGCCUCCACCACUUCCACUGGAAGCUCAUUCCACACAGCUACCACUCUCUGAGUAAAGAAUUCCCCCCUCAUGUUACCCCUAAACUUUUGUCCCUUAAUUCUCAGGUCAUGUCCUCUUGUUUGAAUCUUCCCUACUCUCAAUAGGAAAAGCUUGUCCACGUCAACUCUGUCUAUCCCUUUCAUCAUUUUAAAGACCUCUAUCAAGUCCCCCCCUUAACCUUCUGCGCUCCAAAGAAUAAAGACCUAACUUGUUCAACCUUUCUCUGUAACUUAGGUGCUGAAACCCAGGCAACAUUCUAGUAAAUCUCCUCUACUCUCUAUUUUGUUGACAUCUUUCCUAUAAUUUGGCGACCAUGCCCCAGCUACACUAAUCCCACCUGCCCACACCGACCAACAUGCCCCAUCUACACUAGCCCCACACUGACCAAUAUGCCCCAUCUACACUCGCCCCACACCGACCAACAAGCCCCAUCUAUACUAGUUCCACAUCGACCAACAAGUCACAGCUAUACUAAUCCCACCUGUCUGCAUUUGGCCCAUAUCCCUCUAAACCUGUCCUAUCCAUGUACCUGUCCAAGUCACAGCCUGAGCCACGGUGACUGGUGCUGGGGUCACUCUGGGCAGUGGAUGGAGGUGGUUCCGAGUGGCAACGGCCACUGUAUCCGGCUGGCUCUGGACAUUCCCUGAGACCGUGGCAGUGAGGUUGUGUUUGAUGCUUCUUUGCCCUGACCACUGGAACGGUCACUGAUGCAGCUGUGAUACAGAGAGGCAGGGCCAAUGUAGGCAGUACUGACACAAGGAGUACUAAUGAGGGCAGUACUAAUGCGGGCAGUACUGAUAUAGGGAGUACUAAUGCAGGCAGUACCAAUGCGGGCAGUACUGAUACAGGCAGUACUAAUGCAGGCAGUACUAAUGCGGGCAGUACUGAUACAGGCAGUGCUAAUGUGGGCAGUACUGAUACAGGCAGUACUAAUGCAGGCAGUACCAAUGCGGGCAGUACUGAUACAGGGAGUACUAAUGCAGGCAGUACCGAUGCGGGCAGUACUGAUACAGGCAGUAGUAAUGCGGGCAGUACUGAUGCAGGCAGUACUAAUGCAGGCAGUACUAAUGCGGGCAGUACUGAUACAGGGAGUACUAAUGCGGGCAAUAGUUGCAGGGAGUACUAAUGUGGGCAGUACUGAUACAGGGAGUACUAAUGUGGGCAGUACUGUUGCAGGGAGCAUUGAUGCAGGGAGCACUAAUGCAGGGAGCACUAAUGCGGGCAGUACAGAUGCAGCUGUGAUGCAGGAACUACUGAUACAGCUGUGACAUGGCAUUGGCACAUAUGUUGGAGAGGGGGGUCAAACAAGUUGAGCUAAUAGACGAGAGGAACCUGGUUUAGUGAAUGUCGACUGAUCGAGUUUUUUUCCACUGCACGAUAAUCUGUGGGUAGCAAAGACUGACGGGGUUGUAACUGAGUUUUGGAAUUCCAGAAAUGGGUUAGUGGUGAAAUGGUGUGAUCUUAGUGUGGUUUAAUCAAUGAGUAAAACGAGCAAUUAUGAUUGAUUUCAAAAGGAUAGGUUGAAAGUUAUAUGUAGACUCUGCGGCUCUGGGAUAAUGAAGUGUAAUGCCUGUUCAGUUUACUCCAGCCGAUUGCCUUUGUCAAUUCAAGCAAAUUAAACGACUUAAUUUUAGACUUUCUACUUUAUUCCUUUCAACUAUCAACACAAUUAACAAACUUAUUUUCAGGUUUUCUGUUUAUAUUACAGCAUUGCCAAAAACUAUUCUCUCUUUAUUUCUGGUGAUGGCGGGGAAGGGGCAAGAGUACAUUUUUAAGCAUGCGUAUUUAACCUGGGGUUUGGAACGAUUAUGUUUUGUGUUUGUCGAAACAAUCUGAAUUGUGUGAGAAAUCUGGGUGCUAUAUGGAAUAAUCAAAUAAAGCAUUUUCCAACAA